AUACAAGUGCAAAUGACUUGUCGGCGUCUGUGAUUGGAAAUAUCUUUAUUGCCGCUCCCGCUUCAUUCAAGCGGCAGUAAAUCUGCUUUGGCAAGAAAAUACAUUUCGCUGCAUUUUGUUACGUGACCAAUCACAAUGGCAGUUGUUAAAUCUUUAAUGAUACGAGGUAUUCGAAGUUUUGGACCGGAAGAUUCUGAUGAACAGGGAAUACUGUUUGAAAGUCCCCUAACACUGAUAUUAGGGCAAAAUGGAUGUGGUAAAACAACUAUCAUCGAGGCUUUACGUUAUGCUAUUACAUCGCAAAUGCCUCCGGGGAUGGGUCAUAGCGAUUGCUUUGUUCAUGACCCUAAAGUUAACAGAACCACCGAAGUUCUGGCGCAAAUAAAGCUGAAGCUAGCCAAUGCUCAAAAUAAAAACAUGGAGGUUACAAGAUCUAUGAAAGUUGUUUUGCAAAAGAAGAAAGCUACGUUUCGUACUCUAGACUCUUUACUCUCAGUCACUACUGAGACUGGGAAAACAAAGGAUAUAUCGAAAAAAUGUGCUGAUUUAGAUGCUGUUCUUCAUGAUGAGCUGGGUGUAUCAAGGGCAAUUUUAAACACCGUCAUAUUCUGCCAUCAAGAGGAAUCAAGUUGGCCUUUAGAUGAAGGCAAAAAAGUAAAAGAACGUUUUGAUGAGAUAUUUGACUCUGAAAAGUACAGCAACUGUUUCGAACGUCUAAAGAAAAUUAGAAAAGCUUUUGCCACUGAUAUAAAGAUUCUUGCUGAUAGGGUUGAAGUACUAGAAGAACAAAAAAAGGAAUUGGAUAAGAAAAAACUAGAUGUAGUCAACACAGAAACAAGAAUUUCUGAAACUGAAUUAAAGGUUGCUGAAAUAUCCAGUGAAAUAAAACCAAUUGAAGAAAAAUUGCAGACCAUUAAAACUUUGGAAAACACACUCAAUACAUAUGAUACAAAACUAGAAAAAUUAAAAGUGAAAUUGGAUAAUUGCCAUAAACGAGAACAAGAAUUAAAAAAAGAAAUAAAAAAUGUAUUUGAAGGAACAGUACCUGAAUUAAAGGAAAAAAUUAGCAACUAUGAAGCUACUGUAAAAGCCAACCAAAAGGAACUUGAAGAAUCAUACACCAAAAUAUCUAAUUUCAACAAUGAAGAACAAAGAGUAGCCAAUGAAAAGGAUGCAAAUAAAUCAAGAUUAGAAAAACUAAUUUUGUUAGACAGCCAAAAUGAUAAAAAAGUUUUGGAGCGAAAUGAAUUGAUUGUAAAUGUCGCGAAAUUAGCUGAAAUUGAUGAUAUUGUUGCUGUUGCAACUACUGAAGAAGCAGAUCAAGCAAUGAAUAAAAUCAAACAAAAAGUGAAAAGUCUGCAACAGGAACUUGAGGAGCUAAAGUCAUUUGCUGACAAAGAAGAAAAUCAAAAGCAAAAAAUAGUAGAUGAGAGCCGUGUUGCUCUUUCUUGCCACAAUCAAAAAAUAUCAAAUAAAGAGAAUGAUAUUGAGAAGAAUGAGGAAGAAGUUGCGAAGCUAGAGAAAGAGAUUCUUGCAGCUAACGAAUCUAAAGUACGCUUAGAAGCUGCAGAAAUCAAAUUGAAAACUGCUGAAGAGGAAUUUGAAAAUGUAGAAAAACAAUUAAACACUGAGGAACAUCAACAUCAAAUUAAUGAAGAUGAAAAAGAAUUGGAAAAGAAUGAUGAAGAACUAGAUGUCAUUGAUAAAAAGAUUACAAAAUUACAGCAACAAACUGCUAAAUUGAAAGAACGUGAGAUGAAAGAAGAUUUGUUAAAGCAAAAAGAAAAACAAUUUACAGUACUAAAGAACAAACACAGGUCAUCUCUGACAGAACUAUUGGGUAGUAUGCCAGAGAAAGAUUUUGUCUUGUCUCUCAAAAAGCUAGAAUCCAGCUUGAAUUCUGAAGUCAAUUCCUUAAAAAAAAACUUGAACAAGAAGCAGACACAAGUAACCAAGCUUGAAGAAGAACGAAAACAUGUUCGAAAUACGUUAAUGGAACGGAACAAAGAACAACUAGAAGCUGAAGAUCAAAUGUACAAAGCUUGUGGAACAUCUACAUAUGAAAAUACACUAAGCAAAGUUAUUGCCAAUGUAGAAAAAUUACAGGAAGAUCGUAAUGUUCUCGAAUCAUCUAUGUUUGUCAUCAAAAAAUACGAAUCUCAACUGAAAGAUAAUAGUUGUUGUCCUUUAUGUAGUCGUGGGUUUGACUCAGAAAGUGAGGUGACAGAUUUGAUAACCCAGCUAAACACGAAAAUAAUGAAUGUCCCUAAUCAACUAAAGAAGGUAGCAGAAGAAUUGCAAAUAGAAUCUGCGAAGAAAGAUGAACUUUUGAGUAUGAAAUCUCUGAACGAAAAGAUUAAAUUGUUCAAAGAGAAGGACAAACCACAGCUAGAUCAACGUAUUGCUGAUCUAGAGACAAACAUUAACAAAUUGACAGAAGAAGUAGAUGGCAUAUCCAUGUCUCUCUUGGAACCGGAACAAAAGUUACAAACAAUAAAGCAAAUUCAAGGAGAAAUGCCUUUGCUAGACCGGUUUAACCAAGAAGUUAAAACUUUGACCAAAGAGUUUGAAACGAUAAAUGCGCAAUGUGCCGAAGUAGAAACUGAUAUGACGCUGGAAGAAGCUACUGCAAAGCAAGCAGAAUUGAAACAGAAGAUUACAAGUUUGAAAGCUAAAAUUAAAAAUGCACAGAAAACACUCAAUGCGCACAACAAAAAGAUACAAGAAUUAGGUUCAAAGAAAAAUAAAAUUAAAGAAGAAUGUCUAAAUUUGCAGAAGAAGGUUCAAGAGAUAUACAAUCUUCAAGAAACUAAAAAGCAAUUAGAAACUGACAGGGAAAAGUAUGUAACAGAGUUAGCUGAAUUAAGGAAUGGAGUUGACCCUCUUAGAAAAGUUCUUAAAGAAAAAGAACAAGCUAGAGCUGAGGUUGUGAAGAAGAACAGGGAAAAGAUAGAAACUAAGAACAAUGAGAUAAUGAAAAUUACAAUAGCUUUUGACAAAGUAAAGUCAAUUGAUAUAGAUAUCAGACAACAUUUAGAACGAAAUAUUCCACAUGAGAAGGCAAAGAAGGAAGAAGUAAUAAAGAAACUAGAAGAGAAACUAAAGCAGAUUCAGUGUGACAGACAAGCAACUACCAAGCGGAUCGAGACAUUAAAAGAUGAAAUUAGUAAAGAAAAGAUCUAUAAACGUGAAUUAGAUGACAAUUUGAAACUAAGAGAAGUUCAGAAAGAAUCCCAAGAUUAUGAAAAGGAGGAAGCUGAAAUCAAAGAAAAGCUGAGCACAAUGAAUAGAGAUGUUUUGAAAGAAAAAAAUAGUUUAAUGGAAAAUUACAAGAAGCUCUGUAGUGAAAAGUUUAAAACUGAUGGUAUAUUAGAUGAACUGCAGACUACAUUGAAAAAGAACAAAAUGGACCUGAAAACAGCACUAGCGAAAAAUACAGAUAAGAAAUAUAGAGAAAAAUAUUUCGAAUUACAAGUAACGAAAAUGUUAGACAAGGAUGUCAAGGAUUACGCUGCUGCAUUAGAGACCUGCCUUAUGGAGUAUCAUAAAAAGAAAAUGGAGAGCAUCAAUUUGAUAAUCAAGGAGCUUUGGAGCAAAAUAUACAAUGGUAAUGACAUAGAUUACAUAGCAAUCAAAGCUGAAGGAAGCAUGUCAGAGAAUUUAGAACGUCGUAAAUAUGAAUACAGAGUGGUACAAUGUAAAAACGGUGUUGAAAUCGACAUGCGAGGCAGGUGUAGUGCUGGUCAGAAAGUCUUGGCUUGUCUCAUCAUUAGACUAGCUCUUGCUGAAACAUUCAGUUCUCGGUUCGGUGUCUUAGCUUUAGAUGAGCCCACAACGAAUCUAGAUCAAGAUAACAUUAAAAAUCUUUGUAUGGCCCUUGGUGAGAUUGUUCAGGAACGAAUGAUGCAGAAGAAUUUCAUGUUCAUUAUCAUCACUCACGAUAGGGAAUUUAUCGAGUCUUUGGGGCAAAUAGAUAAGGUAACACAUUUCUUUGAAGUGUCUAGAAAUGAUGAAGGUAAGUCUAGAAUUAAGAGAGUCAAGUUUUCAUAGUGUACUUGACAGUACUACUAAGCUACUUACAUAAAAAGUAUUGUAAGCAUUCCUAAGUUUCUGUAGUUGUUAAGAGGCAGUGCCUUAUUUCAUUUUCUAAUGUUAUAUUUUUUUUAUAAGAAUAAUAAAAACAUUUUGAUAAUAUCCGUUUUUCUAUUUAAUUUAACUGACAUUUAUAUAACAUACAAUAAAUACAGGAUAACAUAAAAUAUAUUAUUAGCACUUAAAAUGAUUAACGUAAACAGGUCAAUUAACUACUACACCUGUAAUAAAAUUUAAAGGUUCACAUACUGCAUUCUGAUCAAUGUGAAGAAUAUUGCUCUCUUGUAGAACCGUGAGUGUGACACCUAAUAGCUCGGCUACUUGAGUAGAAGGAAAAGAUUGCGCCAGACACUUGCCAAUAUAUGGUACCAAGUCCUCAGUAAAACAAACACAUAAUGACACAAAAUUCUGUUUCUCAAUAUCAGUAAAGCUUUGUUGCUCUCUGUAGUAAAAGGUCAGUAAAACUUGAACAGCCUUGUUGAAGGAUUCUCUAAAUGCAUUGUAAACUUCCUUCACAAUAUUUAACGGUGCUGUAACUCUCAUUGAGUUUAAUACUGAUAGCAUGCCAUUGCAAUAUUCAGCCAGAGGAUAGUAAUCAAGCAAAUUUUCUGGUGGCCCUGUUGUUGCACUCUCAUUUAUGGGCCGAGGCACAUUCUUUAUACUAGGCACUUUAUAACUUCGCAUCUGUGUUUCAAACAGAUUAUCUGCUUUUUCUAGACCACUAUGGAAUUGCAUUAGUAUGUUAUUACGAAACAGUGGUGUUAGAACACAUCUCAUGUCAGCGCCAACUCUUCCAAAUGAUAAGCAGAGAUACAUGCACUGAUUUAAAAGAGACUCAAAGCUAGCUUCAUCUUCUUUUGGUAAAUCUUGGUUCAGUAUUUUCGCCAAUGUCUCAACCUUUAAUUUCAACCAGCAAGAUAAGGCACUAGUGCCACUCAAUUCAUCAUCUCUAAUUUUAGCUUCUUGGGAAUCUGAUAAGAAUAUUGACUUGUGUUGUGUUAGAACAUUGAACAGGUGUAUUCUGUGUAGUUCUAUGAUUCUUCUUAAUAAUCUUUCUGAUGCUUCAGUAUUCUUAGCAUCUUCUAAAGCUUUUUCAAACCAAGCAUUUCUGGCCUUAAGGAAAUGCACAUGCAGACCAUCAGCACUCACUGUAUUUUUAUUGCUCCCUGAAUAUAAGCUGCUUUCAUCUUCAUCUGUUGAUCUGUAUACUGUGUUUGCUCUGCGUAGAUAACCCAAAAUCUGCAAACAUUGAGGUAAGGGCAAAUCAUAUCUCAGUUGGUUGAAGAGGUGGUAGAGAGUCUCAAACCACAGGGUCAUAAUCUCAGAUGUGGUAUUCUGUACAACUGGUAUUUCCGAGUAUCUCUUAGAGAGGUUACGGACAAAUGUAAAAAUGUCUAAAGCACUCUCAUAAUCUUCAGCAUUCAGUGCCUCGCGCAUUAAAGAAGGUAAUUCCAAUAAUUCAAGCAAUUUGUCACUUUGGUUACGAAUAGUGCUGUAUCGGCUUUUUUCUUUAAUAAUAUUACCAGCAACUUGUGAGAACUUGUCACAUUCCUGUAAGAAUAUUGGAGUAUUAUCCAGAAAUGAUGAAAGUGAUUCUUUUGAUUUAGCCAAGUCAUUUAUGAUUGUGUGUGAUAUCUCAGCUGUUUCCACAAAUGUCUUAUAGUUAGUAAAGGCAAGCUCUUGUGUCUGCUCAGUCAGUUGUUUCAUCUCUUCAUUCAGUCGCUCUGGUUCUUUGCGAAUAUGAUCCCAGUUUUGUGAACCCAAUUUUUUUAUAUAAUCUGUAAUUUCACUGAAGUAUUCUACAUUUUCUGCAACAGAGUCAGGGAAUAAAAGUUGACAAAGUUCUUUUAAUUCUUGAGCCAUUUUUUGCAAUUCCUAAAGUCUUAAAUUAUGAGAUAAAUAAACAAUUUGUACACGAAAUCAUACAAUCAAUUUGUGUCACUGUCAUAUUGUUGGCAAUCGGCAACUAUUGUCAAAUCAAAU